AACGGGAAAGCCCAGAAGCCUCAGUGUUGAGUUCCUGUUGUUCCUGUCUCAUCAUGCCUGAGCCCGCGAAGUCCGCUCCCGCCCCGAAGAAGGGCUCCAAGAAGGCGGUGACCAAGGCGCAGAAGAAGGACGGCAAGAAGCGCAAGCGCAGCCGCAAGGAGAGCUACUCGGUGUACGUGUACAAGGUGCUGAAGCAGGUGCACCCCGACACGGGCAUCUCGUCCAAGGCCAUGGGCAUCAUGAACUCGUUCGUCAACGACAUCUUCGAGCGCAUCGCGAGCGAGGCGUCGCGCCUGGCGCAUUACAACAAGCGCUCGACCAUCACGUCCCGGGAGAUCCAGACGGCCGUGCGCCUGCUGCUGCCCGGGGAGCUGGCCAAGCACGCCGUGUCCGAGGGCACCAAGGCCGUCACCAAGUACACCAGCUCCAAGUGAGCGGCGGACCUCACCGAAACCCAAAGGCUCUUUUCAGAGCCACCCAUGUUGUCAUAGAGUGGCUGUAAUGCUU